GGCUGAAUUGCUGGUUGGUUGCUUAUAAGGUUAGUUAGUUGGUUGGUUGAUUGCUUGCUUGCUUACAUGGUGAGUUGGUUGGUUAGCUGGUUGGUUGGUUGUUUGGUUGGUUGGUUAGUUAGGCUGGAGCCGCGUUCAUGCAUAGAUCACAGGGGACAUUUAGACUUUUUUUUUUUUACUGUUUUUACAUUUGAAGAAGUGGUCACCAUUUACUUCAAUUUUAUGGGAUUUGACUGCAACAAGUGGUGAGUAGAUAAUGAGUGAUUUUUUAUUUCUGGGUGAACUGUCCCUUCAAGGAAUGCCGUAAAAAUAUCCAAAUUCCGACGGCUUUGAAGGCAUCUUCUUUGGCGGGCAAAUGACAGUCUGCCGAUAUGUUGGACUUCCACGUGACCUCGCUUCAAACUAAGCGCGCGAAAAUCUCACUUUAACGAAACGAUCUCUCUUCAAAUCAAACCUACGGAAACAAAACGUGCAGGCUGCUGAGAGAUGUCGCGCACAAUAAGCACACGUCUCUUACAGGCGCUGGAGAGUCUGAGCGGUAACGACCUGGAGAGGUUUUGUUUCCAACUGAGGGACCGCAGGGAAGAGCCGAAGAUCAGGCGCAGAGAGGUGGAGGAUAAAAGUCCUGUGAAGAUCGCAGACCUCCUGGUUUCUAAGUUCACGGUACUGGGAGCUCUGAGAGUGGUUUUGGAGACACUGAGGCUGAUCGACUGUAACCAGGAGGCUCAGACACUGGAAUCAAAGACCAAAGCUUGUGUGGACAAAGGUGAUCCCAUUUUUCGCAAGACCUCUAACGGGAAGUUGGACACAAAGCCCUCACAGGAGGCUGAGAACUAUGCAGCCGGGCAGUCUGCUUUAAAAGCUGCUCAACAAGGAGGUGCUCCUGUGAAGAUGAAGAAGCCAGAGGAGGUGGAGGCUGACGCCAAGGCUCACGUUCUCUCUGAGGGCGGAGACCCUGGAAACGACAGGCUCCUUCUGAGCAGAUAUGUGAUGCAGUUUGGCAAGUACAAAGGUCAAAACUUCAAAUGGCUGUUGGAGAAUGAUGUGCGCUACGCUGCCAAAUUGCUGGCUCACCACCAGAGGGAGCGAGAGCACUCAGUGAGCCAGAGUCCAAUGACGGCCCAAAAGGUUUCCUUGACUAAAUAUGCGAUUCCUUACCCUGAGGUUUUGGGAGAAGUCAGAUUUCAUCGUGGGGUUGAUAGAGCCCAAGAGAGAUCCCUCCAGCCAGGCAAAAAGGGAGUGGCCCUCGUUGGUUUUGGUCGUCACGAAACGGAGACGCUGAAGGAUCUGUAUGAGUCGAAGGACAAGGACAGAAUCAGCUAUGUCCACUUCCUCCGAGGAAUGAAGUCAACCUGUGAUCCUGGGACCAAGAUGGACGCAGCCAUCAGAUACAUUUUACAGCGUGACCGGGGGCGGGCUGCAGCCGCCACUGCAACCAGGAACAGACGGAGUAACAUAGACCAGUAUGCCAGUUCCUCAAGGCCCAAGGUGAACAGGACCUGAUGGAGGGCACAACAAUCCUGUCUUCUCCAUUACUGACAAAAUCCUCUUUGGAGGCUCCUGUGGCAUACUCUAAAUUUCCCUCAGGAUCAAUCAAGUAUCUAUCUCUCUAUCUCUCUAUCUCUCUAUCUAUCUCUCUAUCUAUCUAUCUAUCUGUCUAUCUGUCUAUCUGUCUAUCUAUCUGUCUAUCUAUCUAUAUAUC